UUCGCUUGCAUUUUAUCGAUUAUUGUGAAUGCAAAUAAUAAAUAAUCUUUAAGGUAUUCAAAAUAAAUUAAUCUUGUUUUUCUUAUUUAGUAUCACCCGGUACAUUCCAACUAAACCAUUAAAGACCGUAUAUUUAUUAAAUAUUAUUAUACACCUAAAUUUAUACUAUUGAUCCAAAGCAAUUUAAAAUGAUAUCUUAUCGUAGUUAUUUGAAAGAAAUACCAUUUAAAUAAAUCAUUCUAGUUGAUUGUGUUCUGGUACGGUGUUGUGGUUGCAUUUUCAGAAUAUUUGUUCAAAAAAAUGUCGUUAAUUGAUAGAUUAGUGAGGAAUGAAAACCCUACAAAUUAUAUCAAAGAAUAUGAAGAACUUGCAAAACAAUACAAUCCCGUUGAUUUGGGAUUAGGCUAUCCCGACUAUUUACCGGCAAAGUUUAUAACUGAAGCUUUAUCUGAAGUAUUAUCGUCUGAAUGCGUUGAUGAUCACCAAUAUACUAAUCCGCAGGGUCAUCCAAGGCUCAGAAAUGCCUUAUCAAAAAUGUUCUCUCAUCAUUUAAACAUAAACGUCGAUCCAGAACAAGAAAUGUUGGUUACCGCUGGAUCCAGUGAAGCUUUAUUUUGUGCAGUCAUGGGUCUUAUUGCACCUGGCGACGAAGUAAUAGUAAUUGAACCGUGUUUCAUGGUAUUUGUUUCUUUAAUCAAAAUGGCUGGUGGUGUACCUAAGUAUGUUAGUCUGGAACUUGAAGAAAAUUUCAAGGAUUCGCAGAGUUUCGCCGAAUGGAAAUUGGAUAGGAAAAAAAUCGAACAAAUAUUUACCGUGAAAACGAAAGCAAUUAUAAUGAACACGCCCCACAAUCCCACAGGCAAAGUUUUCGAUAUGGACGAAUUGACUUUUAUUGCUGAUCUCUGCAAAAAAUGGAAUGUUAUUUGCAUUGCAGAUGAAGUGUACGAACGGAUGGUAUUUAAACCGAAAACCCAUAUUAGGAUAGCAUCAUUGCCUGGCAUGUUCGAGAGAACUGUAACUUUGGGAGCAGCUGAAAAAUCUUUCGGGGUAACUGGUUGGCAAAUCGGUUGGGCAUAUGGACAUCCACUGUUGUUACAAGCAUUAAGAGUUCUUCAUCAACAUGUAGUAUUUAAUGCCAGUACUCCAUUGCAAAUUGCUUUUGCGAAGAUGUUUGAAGAAGAAUAUGAUAAGUUAGGACAAACUACUUCUUAUUUUGAAGAAACGGAAAAAGAUUUGAGGGAAAAACGAGAUUAUCUCGUAGGAGUAUUAUCAAAGAUAGAGAUGAAACCAAUUUUGCCGCAAGGAGGAAUGUUUAUUCUCGCUGAUAUCACGCAAAUGUUACCACACGUAGAUUUGUCAUCAGAAAAAGAAAAAUUUAUCGAUUUAAAAUUUGUAAAAUGGUUAACCAAACAACAUCGAUUGCAAACUUUUCCCGUAACAAUAUUUUGUAGCGAAAACAACAAAAAAUCAUAUGAAAAUCUCAUCAGGUUUUGCUUCGUUAAGAAACAAUCAACUUUAGAAGAAGCAGCCGAAAUAUUGAAGAACCUGUGAUUAAAAUUCACAUUUUUAUUUACACAUAAAAUAUUUACUCUUGUCAUUUAGAAAUACUAGAUCUGGAUAUCUUAUAAUAAUUUUGUUAAUAAAAUACUAUUUUUAGCAAAACCAAUAAUUUGAUUUUCCAGGAAGACGACCCAUAUUUUGUUUUAAUUUCAUGUAAUACACCCAUAUUUAAGAUGAAAAAUCUCCCCGUAACCAUCUCUUCGCGUCUCUUGAAUCAUUUCCAUAAGUUUUUCCAAAUCUAAAAGAAACAGAUCAAGUUUAAGCAAUAAAAAAUUUA